GCUAAAAUAUGAAAGAAAAUCCCUGGUUCAAAUUGUUUUUUCAUUUUUGUUGAUAUAAAUGAAAAAAAGGGUUUAGGAUGGUCCAAGUUGAAUUGAAAUCAAACAUGGGACGAAAACAACAGAGAUUUGGUAAUAUAAUGACUGAGCUAUUUAGUCAUGGCACUAGGAAUCUGAGUGGUUAGAGUGUGGCUCUUGAAACUCAUAGUUGAUUAUUUCACAUACAAUGAACAACAAAGAUGGGAUACCAGUCACCCAGCAGGAAAAGAGCACGAUUGUCCCUAUGACAAUCAUAUUAGUGGUGCUGUGUGGAUUUUCUUUCUAUACGGGUAUAAUCUUUUGUUCUGAGAAGGACAGAUUUUUGUCGAUAUAUGGCCAGAUAUCCAUUGGGUCCCCCGAGGAGUCAUCAAUAAGUCCUCUGCAAAUUAAAUACAUUAGUUUUCCAGAAUGCAGUAUUGACUUUCAAGAUUACACUCCAUGCACAGAUCCAAGGAGAUGGAAGAAGUACAUCUCCCGUCAGCCUACUUUGUUGGAACGCCAUUGCCCUCCAAAAUCUGAGAGGAAAGAAUGCUUAGUUCCUCCCCCAGAUGGGUAUAAGCCUCCAAUUAGAUGGCCUAAGAGCAGAGAUGAAUGUUGGUACAGCAAUGUUCCAAAUGAGUGGAUUAACAAGCAGAAGUCCAAUCAGCAUUGGUUGAGAAAGGAAGGCGAGAAAUUCAUCUUUCCUGGUGGGGGAACUAUGUUCCCCAACGGUGUUGGCAAAUAUGUUGAUUUAAUGCAAGAUAUGAUCCCAGAAAUGAAAGAUGGGACCAUUCGAACUGCCAUUGAUACUGGCUGUGGGGUUGCUAGCUGGGGUGGUAACUUGUUGGAUCGUGGGAUUCUAACUGUCUCUCUUGCACCAAGAGAUAACCAUCGAGCUCAGAUUCAAUUUGCUCUAGAGCGUGGUAUCCCUGCAGUUCUUGGUGUUAUUUCUACACAGAGGCUUCCAUUCCCAUCAAACUCCUUUGAUAUGGCUCAUUGCUCCAGAUGUCUAAUCCCAUGGACAGAAUUUGGUGGUGCUUAUCUCCUUGAAAUACACCGGAUUGUUCGUCCUGGAGGAUUUUGGGUCUUGUCUGGCCCACCAAUAAAUUACAAGCGCAGGUGGCGUGGAUGGAACACAACUAUUGAAGCACAAAUAUCAGAUUAUGAGAAGUUGAAGGAAUUGCUAACUUCAAUGUGUUUCAAAAUGUUCAAGGAAAAGGGUGACAUUGCUGUAUGGCAGAAGUCCGAAGAUAACAAUUGUUAUAAUAAGGUGGUUAGAGAUGCCGAUCCACAUACCUGUGAUGACGGCCUUGAACCAGAUUCAGCAUGGUACACUCCAAGUCGUGCCUGUAUUGUGGUUCCAGAUCCCAAGUUUAAGAAAUUAGGCCUCUCGUCCAUUGCUAAGUGGCCUGAACGGUUGCAUGUUCCACCAGAACGGAUUUCAAUGGUUCAUCGUGGGAGUGCUAAAGUUUUCAGAAAAGAUAACAGUAAAUGGAAAAAACAGACUUUGUACUACAAGAAGUUGAUCCCCGACCUUGGGACAGACAAGAUAAGAAAUGUUAUGGACAUGAACACAGCAUAUGGAGGUUUUGCUGCAGCCUUGAUCAAUGAUCCUGUAUGGGUCAUGAACGUGGUCUCAUCUUAUGCUACCAAUACACUCCCUGUGAUUUUUGAUCGAGGGCUUAUUGGAACCUUCCAUGACUGGUGUGAAGCUUUUUCAACAUAUCCUCGAACAUACGAUCUGCUUCACCUUGAUGGACUCUUCACUGCAGAAAGCCAAAGGUGUGAAAUGAAAUAUGUGUUGCUGGAAAUGGAUAGAAUCUUACGACCUAAUGGGUAUGCAAUUAUUCGUGAAUCCAUUUACUUUACGGAUGCUAUUACCACCAUUGGUAAGGGUAUGCGGUGGGAAUGUCAUAAAGAAGAUACUGAGAAUGGCAGUAACACUCAGAAGAUAUUAGUAUGCCAGAAAAAGCUAUGGUUUUCAUCUAACCUUGGCUCAAGAUGACAAAUUAUGAAUACAAUAUUUUGUUUUUAAAAAAUUAAAAGUUCAAUUUCAGUCAUCUUCAAAUUUUAAGUUUAGUAUCUACAAAACUUGAAGGUUGAUUUUAGUGUUCGUAAGUUAUGUGAAUCUGUAUAAUGAUUUUUUAUUGGAGAAAA